CAAUAGGAAAGAGAUUAUGCACGGCUGGCUUGCCUGGCUAAUCAGAAAGUAACAAACACUCGGCCAACUGGUCACGUGAUUUGUGAAAUUAGAUUUUAUAUUGUUAACGUUAUUGAAUUGCUAUUCAGAAACAACAUCUUACGUGUAAUGUGUAUUUGUCCAGAAUUCAUGUAGGCCUAUAAUCUGAAACCACUACCCGGACAUCAAUAAAUUCACUCUAAAUAGUUCCAAAUAUCCUCUAUCAGGAAGUCAGUUUUACUAUUUGCCAGUAAUAAGUUACUAAGUAACAGAACUGUAUUUGAUAUGAUCCUGGUUUGAUAAAGAGUCGAACAAUGAAUAUAUUAGGACAUGACAAGUUCAGCUGGAGCACAGUUAAAAUUACUUUAUGCAGUGAAGAGUCUGUUAGCCUUUGGCAACAUGGGGCUAGCUCUUGGAUUACAGUUUAUGACACUUAUCCAUAUUCUGAUAUGCUGUGCAUCUCUUCCUCGUAUGCAAAUGGAGUUUGCUAUCCAGCACACCUGGGAUAGCAAUCCUGUAAAUCAUGACCCUAUCAGAAUCGUUUUCUCUUCGGGUCAAGGGGGGCUGAAGAUGGAGGUUUUUGGUCCCUUCUUCAAUGACCCAGCAGCUCCUGCAGGCCCCCCAGGUCAAGCCUUCCCUGGACUCUGGGAUUAUGAAGUUGUGGAGUCCUUCUUCCUUGAUAGUACUACAGAGAAUUACCUGGAGGUGGAGCUUUGUCCACAUGGACAACACCUGAUAUUACUGCUGUCAGGAGUUGGCCAAGCAUUCCAGCAACAACUGCCCAUGGUGUUUAAUGCCACAAUCACAGGGGACAGGUGGAUGGGUGAGGCUCUGCUUCCCUGGUCAUACUUCCCUCCCAAUGUUAACAAGAUGAACUCCUAUGCUAUCCAUGGCUCAGGAGAACAGCGCACAUAUGAGGCUCUCUAUCCCAUCCCCAAGGAGGAAAUAAUGGAAGGCCAAAAGCCCAACUUCCACCGCCUGGAGUAUUUCCAAAAAUUUCGCCUGCAAAGCAUCAUGGGAGAAGGUUGGGUCCAGCCAGAGUCUGAUCUGUGGAAGGGAAAGCCUUGAACUUUAAAAAAAACACUCAAAUUUCCCUCUUUCUCUCUGUCUACACACACACACACACACACUAUAGCAUCAGGGCAAUAGUACAAACACUCAGUGACAGGGAACAAAGGGUAGUCAAUCUUUAUUAGUUAAUGAUGUCAAACAAUAUGAUAAGAAAUAUGUUAUCAGCUUGUCAGAGCAUAUUAGCCUUCACACACAAACACACACACACUCACAUCAUAAGUGUACGGGAUGUCACCAUAAAUCGUUUUAGCAGAGUGUGACCUACAGCAGUUACACUGUGAAUGAUGGCAAGGAAUCUUUACUUGACAUUCAGCUUGUGUGUAGCAUGUGUGUAUGUGUAUCACUUCAGUGACAUAUAAAGGUAAUUUUUUUUUGUUUGCCCAGAGUGUUGAAGGACACACACACCACAAAUGUGAAAAAUCAGUUUUUCAGAGACGCAUGCUCGCACUGUUGAAUUGGAGCUGUACUGUAAUUAAGUGAUUCCUAAACCUUUAAUGAAUUGAUUUUUAAGUAUGUUUACAAAGUUAUUACUUAUUUCUGAUGAAGUGUAUUGUCACUUUCAUUCUCUGAUUGUUUGACAAAUGUAACUUUAAUUGUAUUUCUGAUAUUUGAUCAUGUUUUAGUGCCAUGUUUAGCUAUUAAAGUAAUAGUUCAUCGUUUUGAGGUUUUCUCGGCGAGAGUUAGAUAAGAACAUUGCAAUGGUGGAAAAAGUACUUAGAUCCUUUACUUAAGUAAACAUACCAGUACAACAGCGGAAACAUAUUCAAAUAUACAAUUAAAAGUCCAGCAUUCAAACUGCUGCAAUCUAAUCAUGUCAUAUAUAUAAUAUAAUGUAUUAGAUUGUAAUAGUAUUUUAACUGCUUCAUAUACAGAGUUGGUUUAAGGUUAUGGUGAAGUUGGGGUUAGAUUAAAUUUAGGUUUGGAUUAGGCAAGUAGUGUUUAUGGUUGAGGUUACAAAAUGAAUGUAAAUCAGUGCAACUGUCUGUCAGUCCGUCAGUCCUGGAUUAGCCUAUUCGUCUGUGCCAUAGACCUCCAUUGUUGUUCAGAAACAAUUUAAAACACAUCAGUGAAACACACACAGAUGGACAGAUAUUAACAGUGAGUAGUGGCAGUUCACUGGUUUUAGUCUCUGUAUGGGGAUUGUUGAAAAUGCUAUUAACAUAAAAAAUGACUGGUGUUAUCCUUCUCAACUAGAACUGCUUUUAGUUUUCACACAAGCGAAGUGAAGUAAUUAGUGACUUUAGAGCUGCUAGCAGAUGGACGUUUUUACUUUUCGACCAAACCAUGUUAAGAGUUCCCUCCUGUUACAAGUCUUUGUGCAAAGCUAACAUAUCUUGAUACUUAGCUUAGCACAGAGACUAAGGCUAAGCUAAGAUAUCUUAGCACAAAGACUUGCAACAGAGGCAAGCAGCUAGCUCAGGCCAAAGUUAACAAGCAGGGCUGGCAGUUUCCCCUUGUGUCAAGUCUGUGUGCUCAGGUACAUUACCUGACAUCUGGCUUCUACCUACAUAGCUGGUGUACCAAGAUGAAAGUGGUAUCAAUCGUCUUAUAUAACUAUCAGCAAGAAACUAAUGAAGCAUAUUCCCAAAAUGCUGAACUAUACUUUUAAUUUGACUGGUAUGUAUUAUACUGGUUGUCCUCUCAUAUAGGGUCAAAUGAUUGUAUAACAGUGAUCCAUCAUGAUAAAAAAGAAAUAAACUAGUUUGAA